CCCUUCCCUUCUAGUACUACGAGGCGGCUCCUCCCUUCUUCGAUCCAUCGCACAGCAGGAGGCGCCCCCUACCCGUCCCCCGCGCCAGUGUCGGGGACCAAACCCUAGCACCGCCACCCACCCGAUAUCUCGCCGCCGCCGUCUCUCCGCCUCGGCCCUGCCCCUCCUCGUCUCCCCUUGUCCCCACCCCCGGCCGCGCAACGCAGCAUUGCCCCCGCCCCACGGAGACGAGGCGGUCAGGCAGAGCUAGGGUUCCGAGAUCGGGCGGCGGAAGGCCACCGGAGAGAUCUGAUCCUCUCCCCCACCCUGAUCCGAUCCGACGACCCGGCCCAGCAAGAGAUCUGCCCAUUGCUCCAGUGUGUAGUGAAUAAACUGAGAUGUCAGUAUCAAUGAAUAUGAGGCAAAACUCAGUCAGCACUCCUAUCCGUAGGACGACAAAUCCCUUUGAUUCUGACUCUGAUUCUGAAGUGCCCUCAAGACCAUCAAGGGCACAAUCAGCUCCAACACAGCACACCAAUCAAUCUGUGCAAGAAUUGGAAGAUUACACUCUACGUAAAGCAGAAGAAACCUCAAGCAAAGCAAAUGAUUGUGUUAGGGCAGCCGAAGCUAUUAGGGAAGAUGCGACACAAAUCCUUCUGACUUUGCAUCGACAAGGUGAACAGAUCACUCACACUCAUCGAGUAGCGGCUGACAUCGAGCACGACCUUACCAUGAGUGAGAAGCUUUUGGGAAGUCUAGGAGGACUAUUUUCGAAGACAUGGAGGCCAAAGAGAAAUCAACAUAUAAAAGGCCCUGUUUCACAGAAUAGUUCUUUUAAGAGUACAUCAAACCAAAUGGAGCAGAGGCAGAAUCUUGGUAUUGGCUCAAGACCUCAACAAUCUCCCAGUUCUGUACAUAGUGCGCCUGCAACUGCGAUGGACAAAAUUAAGGCUGAGAAAGCAAGGCAAGACGAUGCAUUUGCAGACUUGAGUAACAUGUUGGGAAACCUGAAGGAUAUGGCACUGGAUAUGGGUACAGAAAUCGAUAGGCAAAACAAAUCACUGGAUACUUUCAGCGACGACGUUGAUGAGCUCAACUUCAGAGUCAAAGGUGCGAACCAACGGGGGCGUCGGUUGCUUGGGAAGUGAUACCAGAGUUGGAGUCAGGCUGUGUGGAACCACUGUGCCCAUGCCUUUGACAGUUAAUUUUGACUAUGCUGUGGAGCCUAUAGUGUGUUUCUGCUGCUAUAUUCCUGUUUCAUAACUGUUGUUUUUUUGGCAAAUAGUCAUAUUCUUGUAUUGUAUUGUAUUGGGGCCUAUUGUACUAGUAUGUUGAUGUUUCCUGGUUUUUCUUGGGUUGUAUGGCUACUAGGUCAGUUACUUGGUGUUACUCCACAUAUAGACACCACCUUUUUUGGACAUAUAUGUUUUGCUGCUGUAAUAUAUGUCAGAGCCAAAAGCUCCAAAGCUGUUUUCCAGA